AUGAAAAUAACAGAAUUACUUAAUCCAGAAUCAACAGAUAGCAGAAAAAUUACCAUAGAUGGUCCAAGUAAAUAUAUGAACUUAACAACAACAAUGCAUUCAAGAAAUGUUGAAAGAUGUUCAAGUACAAAAUUAUGGCAGUUUUUAGAUUCCAAUAUCUGUGCUUUAUCAGAGUUGGAUUAUGAUUAUGGUAAAACAAGUAAUCCGUCAAUUAAUACAUUAAAAGAAAGAAAAAAUUAUACCACAAUAGGUAAUUUCAAAGCGGCUUUAUGUAUUGAAAAAAAUAAAAAUAAUGUUAAAUUAAUCAAAGAUUUAAAUUCCUAUGCAUUUAUAGAAGAAAAGAAAAAAGUAAUACAAGAUGAAGAAUCAAUUAAAUCUGUAACUGAAUUAUUAGAAAAUGAUGAAGAAGAUAAAGAAUCAAUUAAAUCUGUAACUGAAUUAUUAGAAAAUGAUGAAGAAUCAAUUAAAUCUGCAACUGAAUUAUUAGAAAAUGGUAAUGAAUCAAUUAAAUCUGCAACUGAAUUAUUAGAAAAUGGUAAUGAAGAUGAUGAAGAAUCAAUUAAAUCUGUAACUGAAUUACUAGAAAAUGGUAAUGAAGAUGAAGAAUCAAUUAAAUCUGUAACUGAAUUAUUAGAAAAUGAUGAAGAAGAUAAAGAAUCAAUUAAAUCUGUAACUGAAUUAUUAGAAAAUGAUGAAGAAUCAAUUAAAUCAGCAACUGAAUUAUUAGAAAAUGAUGAAGAUGAUGAAGAUGUCAUAUUUACAUCCAGAAGAUCAAAAAACAUAGUUAUUGAAGAUGAACUGGAAGAUGAAACUUUAGAAACUCAUAUUCAAAAAAAGAUUUGCUUAGAAGAACAUAAAUUGAGAGAUUCCACAGUUAUAGACAACCUACUUCUCAAUGAUAAAAAUCAAUUUAUAUCUAGAACAAGUUCAGCAAUAGUUGAAAUUGAUGGGGUUCAAAGUUUAGUGGUUGCAAUUUAUGCACCUAAUAUUAGAAGAUAUACACCUGAAUCAAAUAUUAAUAUAAUCAAUUUUUAUUUAGAUUUAGUGACAUUCACAGAAUCUUUUAAUUAUCCAUUAUGGUUACUUGGUGAUUUGAAUAGCAUUCAGGUUCUUGAUUAUACAAUGAUUAUUAAAAAAUCAACAUUUGCCGCUGAAGAAAUUGUAAUGUCAAUAAUUGAUAGAUUAAAAAGAAUUAAACAUGUCAUUAGUUCAAGAUUAUCAUUAAUACCUAAUUUACAUCUUGUUACAAACCAUAAUCACGCCAAUUGUAAAAUGUUAGAUGAUAUUUUAUGUCCUGAAGACAAAAUAAUGAAUAUUAAAUAUUUAAAAAUUACACAAAAAAUUAAAUUUGGUUCACAUUUAAGUAUUUAUAUUGGUUUAACUGAUAAAAUUGAUGCAAACGCUUCAAUUACUAAUUGUCAAAAAAAUAACUACAACAGAAUAGGUGAAAUCAAAGUAAAAAGUGGAACAAAUUGCAAAUGCUGCAUUUAUGCUAAUUGUAAAUUAAAUGAAAUACAGAAUAUUUACCAUGAUCCGAAAAAAAUUUCAAUUCCAUCAGGCCCAAUUCCAUCACAUAUAUCAAAAAUGAUCGUCAAACCAACAGGUUACAUCAAGUCUUUAUCAGACAACAAAACUUAUGCCUAUUUUGAUAUUUCCUCAACUCACUCAACUCAAACAAAUAGUGUUUUUUACGGAUUAAAAAUUGAAGAAGGUAAAUCAAGAAUUUUUUGUUGCCUUGACGAUGACACUAUCAAUUUAAGUCAAUUAUCAAGAUUUGUUUUUAGUACAAAAGGCGAAAGAAUUCCGCAUUUUAAUGCUUUAGAUGAUAAAGUUUUAUUAGAGUCAGGUCCAAUGGAAAUGCGUGGGUAUUACAUAAAAAGAGACAGGGGAUAUCAGUUUAUCAAACAACAUAAUAUGAUGAAAUUAAAUAUCCUUUUUGGAACAAUUAAUACUUUUUCAUUAAUUAAUGAUGGUCAGGUUAUACCACAAGCUGAAAAUUUAAGUGAUUUAGAACUCAACGGUAGAGUUUUAAAAAUCCGUCCCGAAUCUGAUACAGAAAUUUCAAUUAAUUUAGAUACCAAAAUGGUUAAGUUAAACUCAAUUUUAAGAGGAGUCGGGAUUGAUGAAAAUAAAAUAACAUGGUUUAUUAAUAGUUAUAAAGAUGAAUUAAAUUUAGAUACUUCAAAUAAUAUUUUCAAAAUCCCAAUUAGAGAUGCAUUAACUAUAUGUAAUCUACCUUUUAAUAGAACAAAAACUGAAGUUUUUAAUGCCAUCAAUAAAUUGUACCCAAUUUUUUUAGAUGAUAUUGAAGAUACAGCUAAAGCAAUUAUUCAAAAUUAUGGCAACACUUCAGCAAUUGGUAAUAUAGAAGAAUUUUCUUACAAUCAAGAAUGUCUUUUUUAUAAAAAUGUUGUUAGAACAAGAGAUAAUUUUAUUGGUGUUAGAGAUAUGUACGGUUUAAUUCCAGGUUUAAGUGGUUUACAAAUAACAAACAGAGUUGCAAAAUAUAAAGCAAAACAUGAAGUUCACCCAAAAAGAAAAAUAAUCCCACAUGAUUCAUACCAAGUAAGACAUCCGUAUGAAGUUAUUUUUAUCACGUUAGAUGAUGCAAAACAAUUGGCUAGUAAAUUAGGUAUUUUAGAAGAAAUUGGUCCCUUGUUGAGACAAGAUAUAUUUAAUUUACCAGCAAUUCAAACUAUAAUGCAACCUAUUAAUUAUGAAAUAAAUCCCCAUCCACCAUUAACUCCAACUGAUUUACCACCAUUUCAUAUUAGAAAAUCACCAACAGCAUUUUAUGUUAAUGGUAUUAUUGUUGCUAGAUCUUCUGGAUCUAUUUCUUUUAGAAAAAUGUUAGAUGUUUUGAAUGUUGCACCUAAAUUGGCCGCAUUAAUUGAAAAACGUAUUACAGCUCCGUUUGAAAAUUUUGGAAAUAAAAUCAAACUUUUCCAACUAGAUGUUUGUAGAUCUCAAGCACAAUAUUAUGGUUUUGAUCCAAGAAUAAUUUAUCCAGCUUUAGUUGGUCUUGAUGAAUUAGAAAGAAUUUAUAGAGCUUAUGAAAAUCAUAUUCAAAAUCUUUAUGAUAUUGGUGUUCAAGUUCCGGAUUUCAUGGAUAUUAAUGAUUCUGAUGCUGAUGCUAAUGCUAAUGCUAAUGCUGAUGCUAAUGCUAAUGCUGAUGCUGAUUCUGAUUCAGAUGAUGAUGCUGUUAAUAAUGAUGAUGCUGUUAAUAAUGAUGAUGCUGUUAAUAAUGAUGAUGCUUAUGCCGAUGUUUAUGAUGUUUAUGAUAUUAAUGAUGUUUAUGAUGUUUAUGAUGCUGCUAACGUUUAUGAUGAUGAUUAUGUUGAUUUUGCGAAUUAUGCUGAUGAUGUUUAUGAUGCUAAUGAUAUUGCUGAAUAA